AUGAAUCUAAAAUUGAAAAACAAAUUUACAUAUUAUUAAGGUCAUGAUAGAGCUUAUAUACCCAAUGAUUGUUAUCUAGCCUUAGAUAGAGUAAAAGCAGAGAGGAAUAAAGAAAGUAGUCUUGAAAUUUUAUAAAACGGCACUAAGAAAAAUGGAAUUCUUAUUUCUAAAUUGAGUAAAAGAAUACUUCAGAUUUAUGUAUUUUAGAAUAGCUACAUUAGAAUCAGAGGUUUCAAAUUUUUCUAAAGAUUCAUCAUCAAUUACGACAAGAAAUAAGUUGAAAUGAUAGAAUAGUAGGCUUAAAACUGA